AGCCGCUUGUCGACAUAACCAAAAACGUGUAUCUUCUUGAUAUAAUAACCCCGCCAUUCCCUUUGAUUCUGUCAGUGUUUAGAGAAACUAAGAUGGAUAAUGCAACUUCUUUUGUUCUCCCAGCGAAUCUAGCCCCGGCUGGGGCCAGUCCAGGAUGGAUGAACAAAGGUGACAAUGCGUUCCAGCUCACGGCAGCCACCCUCGUGGGCCUCCAGAGUGUUUCAGGGCUUCUUAUCCAGUACGGACGCGCAGUGAAGAAGAAAUGGGCGGUGAACUCAGCUUUCAUGGAUGGUUGGGUUCUGGGGAGCUGCAAAUAUCGCUUGGGCCAAAAAUUUCUCUUAACAUUUAGUGUCUGGAGUCUUGAAGGUUUUUUCUUCAAGAUGGGCAUAAUUGAUUACUCCGGUGGCUAUUUCAUCCACUUAUCUUCAGGAGUUGCCGGUUUCACAGCAGCCUGCUGGGUCGGACAACGGCUGACCAAGGACUGGGAGAGGUUUCCUCAGAACAACAUCCUGAACACGCUAGGUGAAGCAGGGCUGCUCUGGAUGGGAUGGACAGGUCCUGGAUGUCCUGUUCUUCGGAAAAUCCUCUGUUACGGGCGCUGUUCAGGGGAUGAUCACGGGAGUUGUACAAGGAUGGGCAGCAACAAUAAUGGGGCUCUGUUGCGGCUCAACCCCCGGUUAACAAUGAUGAUCGUCCAUAAGAAGUCGGAGCUUCUUCAGAAGGUGGAUGACACGAUGGCGGUGCUGCAUACGAACGCUGUUACCGGCAGCCUAGGGGGAAUCCUAGUCGGUCAGUUGCUGGAGAUUCAGUUCGUUGUUAUAAUCAACAUCGUGAGUACAACCUUAAUAUGUCUACUGGUGCAACUGGUUGUGCCUCCGCGAAUGUCGGAGGAGGACAUGGAAAUCGGAGACGAUGCUGCUCAUGGACAAGAAGUUACGCCAUCUGGGGUCAAGGCGACAAGGUUAGUAAUGGUUUCAAAUUUUAAACUUUGAUGCCCGAAAACAGAGCAAACUUCGAUGUUUCGCUGUUCCUAACGCUGUUAAUUUCUCUAUUCUGAGCUUCGUGCUCAAGCUUUUCUUUUUUCUUUUUUCUUUUUCCUUUUAUCACCAGGAUUCUUUGUUAAGUUGUUUUGUGGCCCUCUGUAUUAAGUUGCUUAGAACCGAAGUCUUUUCUUUUCACUGAAUUAGCUAAAAUAAACUUCUAAAAGAUAC